AUGGAGCGCGUGCCGCCGGAGGACGCUGGGCAGGAGAGGGUCAUGGCAGCCGCCAAGCAGAUCCUGUCCAAGAACGCCGCCGACGACAUGAUGCACUUCCUGUCCACCUUCGACCCGCGUCUGCACCCGCUCUCCUCUCCGGAGACAGUCGAGGAGGAGGCGUCCGGCGGUGAUGACGAUCAAGAAGAGCUAGAAGAGGAGAUCGCCGCCGCGGAGGAGGUCAUCCUCCGGGGCAACUCCUCGUCGCCGUCGUCCGGCGGCAUGAUCGCAGACUACCUCUACGCCGUCGACGACGCCAUGCUGCGGCUGGAGGAGGAGGCGCGCUCCCUGCUCUCUUCUUCCUCCCCCUCUCUGCGGCGCCUCUCGCUGUCGUCGGACGACCUCGGCGACGCGACGCCCGACGCGUCCUCGCGCCACGGCACGCUGUCCCCGACCGCCUCGGCCUCCGUGGGCGCCGUCGCGGCCCGCAUGCUGCGCGCCGGGUACGGGCCCGAGCUCGCGCAGGUGUACGUGGCCGCCCGCCGCGACGCGCUCGCGGAGUCCGUGGCGCUCCUCGGCGUCGAGGCCGUCGCCAUCGAGGAGGUCCUCCGGAUGGAGUGGUCGGCGCUCGACCAGAGGAUGCGGCGGUGGAGCCACGCCGUGAGGGCCGUGGUCAGGACCUUCCUCGCGGACGAGCGCCGGCUCUGCAACGAGGUCUUCGCGUCGGACGAGGACCUCGGCAACGAGUGCUUCGCCGACGUCACCAGGGGCUGCGUCCUGCAGCUGCUCGCCUUCGCGGACGCCGUCGCCGUGUCGCCGCGCGCCACCGAGAAGCUGUACCGCACGCUCGGCAUGUACGAGGCGCUCGCCGACGUGCAGCCGGAGCUGGAGGCGCUCUUCGCCGACGACGCCGCGCGCGAAUUCUUCGCGGGCGAGGUCUCGAGCACCGUCCAGCAGCUGGGCUCCACCGUGCGCCACACCAUCGAGGAGUUCAGCCACGCCAUCCACGGCGAGGCGUCGCGGAAGCCCUUCCACGGCGGGGAGAUCCACCCCAUGACCCGCUACGUCCUCAACUACUGCGGCCUCCUCGCCGACUGCCGCGGCACCCUGGACGCGGUCCUCGGCGACGCCGGCCUCGACGACAGAGCCGCCACCGCCGACGACGGCGCCCCGGCCUCGACGCCGUCCGCGCGCUGCAUCCGCGAGCUGCUCACGCUGCUGCUGCAAAACAUCGACGACAAGUCCCGGCUGUACGACGACGCCGGGCUGCAGAACAUCUUCCUGAUGAACAACCUCUACUACGUGGUGCAGAAGGUGCGGGAGUCCCCGCCGCUGCGUGAGCUCGUCGGCGACGACUGGCUCCGGCGGCACCGCGGCCAGAUCCGGCAGUACGAGACCGGCUACCUGCGGGCGUCCUGGACCGCCGUGCUGUCCCAGCUGAGGAGGGACGACGGCGCGUCGGCGAGGCCGGCGGCCGGGCACAGGGCGCCGUUGGGCCCGUCGGCGAAGAGCUUCAACGCGGCGUUCCAGGAGCUGUACCGGACGCAGACGGCGUGGAAGGUGGCGGACGCCCAGCUCCGGGAGGAGCUGCGCAUCGCGGUGUCGGAGCGGCUCAUCCCGGCGUACCGGGCGUUCCUCGGGCAGGGCAGCCGGCACCCGGCGAGGCACGUCAAGUACAGCCUCGAGGACCUCGAGGACUACAUGCUGGACUUCUUCGAAGGCGCGCAGAAGUUUGUCAGGUCGUGA